UCGGCCGAUGUCGUCGUGAAAAGUAUUGUGUCUGAGUGUAUUGUUUCAGGGUCUCCUACGGACUGGUUGGGAAAGAGGGAAAUUUCUUUCACAAUUCAGAGUUUGAACUUCCAAAAGAAGGGGAAAUUAUUCGCUGUCAUCCAUAUGACAUGUGUAAACAUGUGGACUAGCGACUUCCCUUCACAUCAGAUGCUUUGGUGUCACUUCCUUAGCCACAGUGUUAUUUACAGUUCCGUGUUCUUCCUUUAGCGCAUGUUUUUACUCCAAAUCAAUGUAAACAAAAGUGUCUGUCUGGACUGGCAAAGCGCGGGAAGACUGAACUGGACAGUAAAUCAACAGGUAAACCUACUACCUUCAGACUUGAUCGAUCCCUCUGGGUUUAGACUUAUUCCACUGGAAGUAAAACACCCACAAGGUUACACUUUCGUGCGGGUAAGGAUGGACCCUUCCGAAGAGUACAAGAUGAAUCACAAGAGGCGCGGCGUGGCGCUGAUCUUCAACCAGAAGCGCUUCAAAGAGCCCUUGGCGGAGCGCAGAGGCAGUGACGCCGACAGAGAAAACCUUAAAGAAAGACUUGAAGAUCUGAAUUUUGAAGUGACGCCUUACAAUGAUCUCACAAAGAAAGAGAUGGUUUGCAAGCUUGAAAGAGCCUCCAAGAACAGCCAUGAGGAUGACGACUGCUUCGUCUGUGUUUUCCUGAGCCAUGGGGAGAAAGACAACAUCUAUGCAAAGGAUGACAUGAUCUCCAUACAGGACAUCAUGUCUUUCUUCAAGGGGGAUGCAUGCAGGAGCCUGGUGGGGAAACCUAAAAUCUUCAUCAUUCAGGCAUGUCGUGGUGAGAAAUUUGACAACCCAGUGACCGCCAUGUGUGACGAUGACGACGUCUUGGGAGGGAAUGCAGAGCAGACGGUGGAGGAAAAGGCUGUGUUGAACACCCUGCCUGCUGGUGCCGACUUCCUCAUGUGUUACUCCGUGGCAGAAGGGUACUUCUCUUUCCGCCACAUUGAACACGGCUCCUGGUACAUCCAGGACCUGUGUGAGGUGCUGAAGCAGUAUGGGACAUCGCUGGAGUUCACCGAACUGCUGACGCUGGUUAACAGGAAGGUGUCCAUGCGCAGCACGAGCAAUGUCAAUGCCAAAAAGCAGGUGCCCUGUUUUGCCUCCAUGCUGACCAAGAAACUGUACUUCAGGGCCAAGAAUGAAUGACCUUUCACUUGUACAGUAGCAAUGUCUUUCAGAGCUGCUGAAGGAAAAAAAAAUUA